AUGCCCAACCAGAUUACAAUUUUCACGGAGGCGCACAGCCGCGCGUGCGUUCGAGCGAAGCGCCUUCUCACGGAGCUUCUUCUUCGCGUGCAGGGCGACCUAGGCUCGCCGCAGGGACGCCACACGCGCGUCGUCCUUUCUGCAUACGCACUGGCGACUCUGCCGCUGUCUCGCCAUGCGGACGCACGAAGCGCGCCGGGGGGAUCCUUCGCCGUUUGCCAGGCUGCAAGAGACGCCAACGAGCUCGUCCUUGCUCGAGAGCAAAGUGGCAGGGAGGCUGUCAGGCGUGUGUGCCGGGAGAACUCAGGGAGAGAAGAGCGAUGCUACUCACUGACCCAGGAGGUCGUGGAAGAGGAAGCAGGCAAGUGGAAGCUCGUGGAAAUCUCCCUCUCCGACUACCCGGAGAGGAGAGAGGAACUUCUGCAGCUCUCCAACAGCUUUCUGGUUCCACAAAUCUUCUUCAACAACUACUGGGUCGGCGGCUGGCCGGAGCUCGAGGCGCACGACCAGCAGGGCGAGUUGGAGACGCUACUCGAAACCUGUGUCGACAACUACGAGUACAGACGGACCCCUGCGGUGUCCAGAUCGCUGUGGGAAGAACGGGAAGCGGAGAAGGAACACAGAGCAAAAUGCGAGGGCGUUCCAGGUCCAGCGUCUCUCUCUGCUCCACGGCCAUUCUUUGACACGCCGCUGUCUCUGUAUCAGCGGAGUUCGAUCGCAGGGCGAGUCGAGGAAGCGCGACGAGCCUCGACAGAAGGGGAGGGGUCCGUGCGUCGAUUGUCGACUCCGAAACACACAUCGUCUUCUCGCUUUUCCCUCCGCUCCCCGCGCCAACACACACUGCGGCGGCCGUCGCCCUUCGCCCUGCCGCCCGCUGCACGCGAAGGCUCAGACGCCGAGGAGCCGCGGAAGGAGACUGCGGCGACGGGUUUGCCUGAGUGGAAGAAGACGUCGUCGCUUCCCUUGGAGCAGAGCAUUUCAGACGAGGCGCCGCGCAGCGCAGAACCUGGUACACCUGCCGCCAGACGCCAGGCUCCUGCUUCAAAAAUGGAAACAGAGGACGAGAAAGGAGAGAAAGAAAGAGAGACAGGAGGGAGCGCGGUGGAGCCGGGGAGGGACGGCGACGAGGACGAGAGUGAAGAGGAGAAAGGAGAGGCGGGGGUAGGCGAACGCGAAGGAGAGAAAGAGGGGGGGGGAGAGAGAGGCGGAGAGGAGAACGAGGGGAGGAAGGACGAGCCCAGGGACAAAAGACGCAUUUCGUAUUUAGCUGAAUACGUUUGCGGGAAAGUGGAGAAGACACCGACGCGUUGGGCGACGUCUUCGCCUUACUGUUGGCCGGCAACCUGCAACCGUAGCGUUUCCCUCCAGCUGCUCGAUCCGCGAGUACGGCCGCCGACGUAUUCCCCGAGACGAUCGGCGUCGUCGAAAGAAGCAGAGGAACUUAAAAGGAGGGACAGGUUCUACGCAGGCGCCUUCGUCGUUCCGGCCUCGGCGGCCGACGUGGACUCUGGGAAGUACGUGAUUUGCACGGAUCCUCAGACCGGCCACAACAUGAAAAAAAUCACCUACGCCGAGCUCCUGAAGACGCUGCGCGUGAUUCUCCCCUUUUCGGAUCGAACGGCUUAUCUUCGGACACACAAACAGUGCUUUGUGGCGAGUGAAGCAGUCGACGCUUUCUGCUCGAAGCUCCACUUCCCAACUCGCGAAGCGGCAGUGCAGUUUGGACGGGAUCUCGUGAGACACUCCGUGAUUCAACUGGCCAACCAAGAUCAACUCGUCGUCUUCUCAGACUCGCCGGCGCUCCUCUAUCGCCUCCAAAUGCACCAAGAGCCUCUCGUCCUCAACUGGACAGUGAUCUGGACAAAACCCGUGGUCACCUCCCUUAUGGGCCUCUCCAGAUACCUCUACACCCUCUUCCACGACCUCGAGGAGGAUCACCAGGAGGAGAAAACGAGUUUGGUGGACCAAGCUGGAGUGAAGAACGACGCGCGAUAUCUCGACUUUCAGAUUGCCGUGUGCGAACUGCAAACUGUGGACUUGUUGAACCUGAAGAGCGAAAGCGUUAAGAAGGCGUUUCUCAUGAACGUCUACAACCUCCUGUGCAAGCAUGCGCUCAUCGAGCUCGGCGUCCCUGCUGACAGCACGUCUCGCAAGAACUUCUUCUCCAGUGUCUCGUACUGCAUUGGAGGCUACAGGUUCACUCUGAAUGAAUUAGAGAACGGGCUCCUGCGCUGCAAUCGCCGCGCGUGCUACUCUCUCACAAAACCGUUCGGGUUUCGAGAUCAAAGACUCCAAUUUGUUUUGAGUGAAUUCGACUCGCGCAUUCACUUCGGCCUCAACUACGGCACUAAGUCCGGACCACCGGUGCGCUUCUACGAAGCGGAAUCGAUUGAGGAAGAAUUGAGGAUCGCUGCGGAGGCGUUUUGCGAGUCAAACUCGAACGUGCAUGUGGACGUACCCGGAAAGACGCUCUGGCUGAGCAAGAUUUUCAGGUGGUACGAGAACGACUUUGCUGUGACCAACGUGAAGAUGGCGCUGUUUCUUCUCCCCUUGCUUCGCGGCGAGAAACGCGAAAAUAUCACCAGCCUGCUCCGCGCAGCGAAAGUCGAUCUUUCCCUGCCUCACAGUCCCCGCACAGGGUCGGUGCCUCCGUCGCGAUUUGCCGUCGACGGCGACGACCGAUGCAUGCGCGAAGCGGACCUUCCUUUUUCUCCCUCGUCCCUGCGUUCAUCCGCUUCCUCCGCGGCGCCGCCGGCGUCGCCCUCAGCAGUGGCGCACGGCGUCUCGUAUCCAGCCGGAGCGCGCAAGGAAGGCUUCGUGCAUGCGCCGCCCCUGCAUGUGUCUUCAUGUCCCACGGCCUUCCAUCACCCUCUUCCGGAUGCGCACGCGGCACAGCGAGAGCGCGACACAGCGUCCUCGCCGCCUCACACGCCAGGCCUCCCCGCGCUUCACACACAGAGCGAGCGAGAAGGCGCGUCCCCUCAGACGGCGCCUGUGCCUCCCCCCCGGGUCACGACGGAGUCCGGGCCACCGGGUUCAGGUGUACCUGCACGGGGCCGCGGUGUACAUACACCUGGAGGCGGGAGUACUCCAGGGACGUUUUUCCAAAAGCUGUUGACCCGCAGCAGGACUUCGUUGGCGAUUGAGGGCAGUCCCCUGGCGCAUGCUGCGAGUCUCUUCAGUCGCUCAGGGAGCGGGAGUUUUCUUCCCGGCUCCAGCAACGCCUUCAAAAUCAAAUAUCUGGACUACGACUGGUCCCCGAACAUAACUGUCUCGCACCGAUAUCGGGGCAGUUGGUUCGGCGACAUGGUGGGCCGAGUCCAGACUGUGCUGCCGACGCAGGUGAUUAAUAUGUCGUUGCAUGCAUACAGCACGACCGGACACGGGAGUCAGCCCGAGUCGAGUCCCAAACCGUUUCUCCCGCCGAGUGAAAAGGACGAAAAGAGGGGCGAGAACCCGGGUGCUUCCUCGCCAGGGGCUCCGCGCCUGCCGUCCGCUGCUGUCACCUCUGACGCUUCGACAGCUCUCGCGCCCGGUCCCGCGCGAGCGGCGGCGGACACGGGCGCAGCCGUUCCUGCGGCGAUAGGGGAGACAGAGGGCGAGAAAACGAGGGACUUGGAAGAAGAGGGGAAAACGCAGGGAGGGGAAAAGAGGCAAGAAGAGCGAGACGGCCGAGAAAAAACGACGCAAGACGCUCAGGAUACGGACUGGACGCCUGGGGUCGCCGCUGCCGGGAAGAAGGCAGAGCGGCGAAGAAGCAACGCAGAGAAGCUUUGGGGAAAGAAGGGAGAGAAACGGGAAGAGGAGGAAGGCGAGAGGCGGGAAGAUCGCAGCGUCGCGGGGAGAACUGGGUUUCUAAAGGCCCGAACCAGAAAGGCGCAGGCAGAUCGGGGAAAAGACACUGGCGACGCGUGGUCUCAGACGACGAAACAGCCUGAGGAAGCAGAAAACCCCGGGGAACCCUCUUCAGAUGGCGCUCCCCUCGGAGGCUCGACCCCCGCUGAGACACCGCAAAAGAGAAGGGGAAGACCCAGACAACUCAAAGAGAAAUUCCAAAUGAAAGUGGCGGAAAGAAAGUAG